GGAGGAAGGGAUAGCCAGCGCGAAGGAAGUGCUGGAGUCGUGUGUUUUGGCUGCGCGUGAUCCUGCGUGGGUCGGGAGGUGUUUCUGUGAAGAGCCUAAAGAUUAGACUGUAAGAAAAGAAAACAGAAGCCAUGUUUCGAAGACCUGUAUUACAGGUACUUCGUCAAUUUGUAAGACAUGAGUCUGAAACAACUACCAGUUUGGUUCUUGAAAGAUCCUUGAAUCGUGUGCAGUUACUUGGGCGAGUGGGUCAGGACCCUGUCUUGAGACAGGUGGAAGGAAAAAAUCCAGUCACAAUAUUUUCUCUAGCAACUAAUGAGAUGUGGCGAUCAGGGGACAGUGAAGUUUACCAAUUGGGUGAUAUCAGUCAAAAGACAACAUGGCACAGAAUAUCAGUAUUCCGGCCAGGCCUCAGAGACGUGGCAUAUCAGUAUGUGAAAAAGGGGUCUCGAAUUUAUUUGGAAGGGAAAAUAGACUAUGGUGAAUACAUGGAUAAAAAUAAUGUGAGGCGACAAGCAACAACAAUCAUAGCUGAUAACAUUAUAUUUCUGAGUGACCAGACGAAAGAGAAGGAGUAGAAAGGAUGAUUCUUCUUUGGCCAUCAUUUGGUACAGUCUCAUUUCCAAGUCAUGUAUAAUCUUUAUCACUCCCAAGGACAAGAAUUAAAAUACUCUUUUA